ACUCGUUGAGCUCGCCAGUUUUGAGCUCAAGGAGAAACCACGAAGGGCCCGAGAAACACAAAUUCGUCCUACGAACAGUAGCGGAAGAAAAAAGAGGAGGAGAAACGAAGUAUAAAACAGCAAAGUGGAUAAAUCGAUCGCCAGCGUGGAGCUGCAACAGCAGAGGCAACGGAGCGAGUGGGGCGCUGUGAGGCGGGCUAUUAUGCAAAACAACCGGAACCUGCUCGACGAGGGUGGCAACCCUCUGAAGGAGCUGACCCACGCGAACCUGAACGAGCCGCUCAAGCAGCACAAUGCCAACGCAGUCAAACUCGUGCAGACCGUGUCGGAGUUCUCCCAGGCACUGGGAGGAGCAAUGGAAUGCCAUGGCCAGAACAUCAUCCAUCUGGUCGACGACUUUCGAAACCGCACCGCCGAGUCACGGGGUGAUGCGAGCAGCAUGCGCCGCGUCUGGGACAGCCUUUUACGGCAGGUUGAGGCGGACGCAAGUGCCCAUCUCGACUUUGCCGCUAUGCUGCAGCAGGUGUCGAGACCCGUGCUCGAGGGCUGCUUCCAUCGCAAGGUGCAACACAGAAAGGUGUUCACGCAUCGCGAGUCCUACGAGCAGUUGAUGGCCAAGACGGAGGAAAAGCUGCAGCGCGCCCGAGCGGAGUACAAGCGAGCGUACGGCGCGUUACUCGGUACGCCCGAGCCGAGCCAGGACUCGGAGCUGAAGCGCGCCUAUCUCGAAGCCCACAACGCUUACGUGCUCCAGUUGCGCGCGACCAACGCCAUGGUCGAUUUCUACCAGAUCCAGUGUCUGCCCGGCCUCCUCGGCGAGAUCGGGGAAAUCUACGAGGAGCUGUGCAGCCUCGCCUGCGGCUGCAUCUCCGGGGUGUCCGAUGCGGCGAACGACAGGAUCAUCGAGCAAUCCAAGCGGUACCAGGCCCUAGGCAAGGAGGUCAAGACUGUCAAUGCCCAGUUGGAUCUGCAGGAAAGUGUUGAAGGUAAUCUUCACACAAAGGUUGCCGAGUUACAAGAAGAAAUUUCAAUAAAACGUUACGAUCUGGGAGUUGCGCAAUUACAUUUGGCUGCUGUACAAGCUCAGAAAGAACUAUUUGGGGGAGGAGCAGAUGCUGCGCAGCCAGACAGCACAGGAAAUCGAAAAAUGUCGAACGGUUCGACUGGAAGCAACACAAAGCACAAAUGGCUGAAGGCAUUCAAAAGUCUGAAAACCACACCAGCCGCACCUCUGCCCACCGAAAAAGGAAAACAGGCGAUGUACCAUGCCGUUUCAACGGUAGUCGCCAUGUCAAGAAAGACCCUGGAGUCGGAGUCGGGAGGGCAUCAGUGGCGCGAGUACACCUACCGCAAGAUAACGCCCUGCGACGCGUGCGGGCAGGUACUGCGGGGCCAUUCGCGCCAGGGCUUCCGCUGCCGGAACUGCAAGGCCAACGCCCACGCGGACUGCAUCAACGCGGUCCAACCGGCCAACUGUCCCAGCCUCCAGCCCAAACGCACCGCUGGUAUACCGCUGCUGCGCAGGCAGAAGAGCACUGCACCACCCGUCGACGACACCCCGACUUCGGACCAGAAUGUGGACGCCAUAUACCAGGUAUUGAAGCAGGCCGGCGAGAUACGUGGAAGCUCAGCAAACUCACCACCUACGCCUCCCACAGCAGACCAUCCUCCUUCCGGCGCAGCCGGGCCACCUUCAUCAGUGAGGACAACCUCCACCCAACCCUGUUCCUCGUCCACCUCUGCGCCACACAGCCCACAACGACGAAGGGAACGACUGAACCUACGCAUGAAAAGCCUGAGUCUUGACUCACCCGAGGGCUCAGCCCACGUGCGCCACCGACCCAGGGACUAUCACAAUGCAGGUCCCCGAGAAUCUACGCCUCCCCGACGUUCUGACAGUGGCAGUAUCAACAGGCUAUCGGCUCCGUGCAGCCCAGGUCAAAGUAUACAUGGCAUCCACAAGCAACAUCUACGCAAUACCAUACGCAUGUCGAGCGUCGAACUACCUGAUGACAACGAAAAGUCGUACUCGUCGGCUAGCACGUCACCGUGUCCGUCUCCACACAUGAACAAUCAAAACAAUCUUAAUCCAACUGGAAAGCGAGUUCUACCGCCUAACAACUUGUACGUCGUGCUGUACAACUUUGAUUCCAGACAUCGCGACGAACUCGAUCUUAAAGCAGGAUAUAAAGUGACCGUCAUCGAUAAAUCUGACAAGGAUUGGUGGAAAGGUAAAUGCUUGGGUGGACGCGCAGGCUUCUUCCCCAGUACCUAUGUGAUGCGAGUAGAGUCCGGUCAAAAGACUCUUCAAGUUACUCGCAAUUUACAGUUAGCCGACCAAACAACGCUUUUACGAGAUCAAAUAGUCGUACAAGUGGGCGAAGAGGUCGACGGAGUGGCAAUGGUGCGUUGUGCUGCGGACGUAAUGUCCUCAGGACAGGCGGCCAAGGACGGCGAGGUUCGCUACAAGGAGACCCUCUGUCCACUUAAGUACCUCCAAGAGGUGUGACGGCAACCU